CCCCGCAGCAAGGGGCGGGGUCUCCGCGAGCGCGACUUCCAGGGCCAAAGUAGGCUGGGAGUGGGGGGCGGUGGCUGCUGCUCCACAGUCUCGGGAAGAUGGCGCCGCCGGUGACCGAGCGGGGCCUGAAGAGUGUCGUGUGGCAGAAGAUAAAAACAACAGUGUUUGAUGACUGCAAGAAAGAAGGCGAAUGGAAGAUAAUGCUUUUAGAUGAAUUUACCACUAAGCUUUUGGCCUCCUGUUGCAAAAUGACAGAUCUUCUAGAAGAGGGCAUAACUGUUGUGGAGAAUAUUUAUAAGAAUCGUGAGCCUGUCAGACAAAUGAAAGCACUUUAUUUUAUCUCUCCAACAUCAAAGUCUGUAGAUUGUUUCUUACGAGAUUUUGCAAGUAAAUCAGAGAACAAAUACAAAGCAGCAUAUAUAUACUUCACUGACUUUUGUCCUGAUAGUCUCUUUAACAAAAUCAAGGCAUCUUGUUCCAAGUCAAUAAGAAGAUGUAAAGAAAUAAAUAUUUCCUUCAUUCCACAUGAAUCUCAGGUGUACACUGUUGAUGUGCCAGAUGCAUUCUAUUACUGUUACAGUCCAGACCCUGGGAAUGCCAGUGGGAAAGUUGCUGUGAUGGAAGCAAUGGCUGAGCACAUAGUUACAGUGUGUGCCGCCUUGGAUGAAAACCCUGGAGUAAGAUAUAAACGUAAACCUCUAGAUAAUGCCAGUAAACUUGCACAGCUGGUUGAAAAAAAACUUGAAGACUACUACAAAAUCGAUGAAAAAAGCCUAAUAAAGGGUAAAACUCAUUCCCAGCUCUUAAUAAUUGAUCGUGGCUUUGACCCUGUGUCCACUGUCCUGCAUGAACUGACCUUUCAGGCAAUGGCAUAUGAUCUACUACCAAUUGAGAAUGAUACAUACAAAUAUAAAACAGAUGGAAAAGAAAAGGAGGCAGUCCUUGAAGAAGAAGAUGAUCUCUGGGUCAGAAUUCGACACCGACACAUCGCAGUUGUGUUAGAGGAAAUCCCAAAGCUUAUGAAGGAAAUUUCAUCAACCAAGAAAGCAACAGAAGGAAAGACAUCACUUAGUGCUCUUACCCAACUGAUGAAAAAGAUGCCCCAUUUCCGUAAACAGAUUACGAAGCAAGUUGUCCAUCUUAACUUAGCAGAAGAUUGCAUGAAUAAAUUCAAACUUAAUAUAGAAAAGCUCUGUAAAACUGAGCAGGACCUCGCACUUGGAACUGAUGCAGAAGGACAGAAGGUGAAAGAUGCCAUGCUAGUGCUCCUUCCAGUUCUACUCAACAAAAACCAUGAGAACUAUGAUAAAAUCAGAGCAAUCUUACUUUACAUCUUCAGUAUUAAUGGAACUACGGAAGAAAAUUUGGACAGACUGAUUCAGAAUGUAAAAAUAGAAAAUGAGAGUGACAUGAUUCGUAACUGGAGCUACCUUGGUGUUCCCAUUGUUCCUCAAUCUCAACAAGGCAAACCAUUGCGAAAAGAUCGGUCUUCAGAAGAAACUUUUCAACUUUCUCGGUGGACACCUUUCAUCAAAGAUAUUAUGGAGGAUGCCAUUGAUAAUAGAUUAGAUUCAAAAGAAUGGCCGUAUUGUUCCCAGUGUCCAGCAGUGUGGAAUGGCUCCGGAGCUGUAAGUGCUCGCCAGAAACCCAGAACUAACUAUUUAGAACUAGACCGGAAAAAUGGGUCAAGGCUGAUUAUUUUUGUAAUUGGAGGAAUUACAUACUCUGAAAUGCGUUGUGCUUAUGAAGUUUCUCAGGCACAUAAAUCCUGUGAAGUUAUCAUUGGUUCUACACAUAUUUUAACACCCAAAAAGCUGUUGGAUGAUAUAAAGAUGCUGAAUAAACCCAAGGAUAAAGUCUCCUUUAUUCAGGAUGAGUAGCUUUUGUUUUUUUUUCUGGCUUAGAGGUUUUUACUAAUAAUGUUAAACUAAAAUACAGCAAGAAAAUGUUGCUAUCAUGUAAUUUAAAGUGUAAAUAUUUUAUGGAAUAAUGGCUUUUCAAGUACAUUUCUUAAGGGACUUUCUGAUUAUGUAUUAUUGGAUUUGCCAUUUCUAAUAAUUUAAAUAUUGUUGCUGCUUUAUAGAUUAUAAGAAAUAAUAAAAUGCUUUCUAAACAUAAGGGUUUUCUCCUUUGAAGCAGAAUAUAUUAGAGUAAUGGGUAAUUUUUCACAGCCACCCAUAUAUGUACUUAAUUACUCAUUAGAUAGUCUCAUAUUGAAGUAUAUAGUUUUUUUUAAAGAAUGAUUUUAAAUGAAGAGUUUAUAAAAGCAAAAACUGUAAAUGUGUAUGUAUGAUAGAAUUAUUUUCUAUAAGUGCAGUUUUUCUUUCAAUUGAAAUUCAUAAUUUCUUUUAUGUAUAAAAUAAUUCCAGUCAUUAAUAGAAUGAUUUCACAGUGUAUACUUUAUCUUAUUAGAUACUUCUAAAAGACACAAUUUUACAUCAUUUUGAAAUUAUGUUUAAACUAGAAGACCAAACAUAAUCAUGAACAUUCUAAAAGAAAAUAAAUGUAUAGUUGCAAAAAUUA